AUGGCAUACCUACGUUCGAAAUUCACCAAGAUAACGAAUAAUACAUCGGGAGGGGUUCUGUCUUAUGUUUAUCAAUGGAAAAUAACCAACUGGAGCGAAGUGGAACCUCUCGUCGAGCAUGCAAGCCCAGCGUUUGAUGCAGACGGGUUAAGAUGGGUAUUUAAGUAUUAUAAAGGCCGUCAGAAGAACCCACAGGCUCUCUCACUUUAUUUAGGAAUACUUGAGACGACACCAGGAUGCCUACGAGGCAUCCGCAAAAAGGUUUCGAUAAUAUUUGUGUUGGAGAAUCUGAGAACACGCGGGAUGGAUUUUGGAAAAGUGGAGCUUCCCGUAUGGUUUUGCGAUAAGCAUUCAACAUGGGGGGAAGAGAAUUUAAUAGGGCUGGAAGAAAUAGAUAGAUUCGUCGCGAAUGACACUAUAUCUCUUUGCGUGAACUUUGAAAUACAAGAAUCUGUUAUCGAUGCGCCACCCAAAGUUAAUAACCCGUUCGAUCGGCUGAUCAACUCUCCUCAAUUCUCUGAUGUGACGUUCCGGGUAAUCGAUGAAUGCGAAUGCGAGAAACUGUUCUAUGCGCAUAAAGGCAUUCUUGCGUGUUCAUCGCCGGUGUUUACAGCGAUGCUGACGAAUGGAAUGAAGGAGACAUACGAGCGAGAAAUACGGUUGUGUCAGAUCAAUCACGAUGCAUUUGCAUCUCUUCUGCGGUUUAUCUAUACUUUUGAAAUAAAUAUUCAGUCAAUGGCAGAUGCUGAACAAUUACUGGCUCUGGCUGAGAGGUUUGAAGUUGUCCCGGUUCGGGAUGAAUGUUUGAGAUAUCUAAGAUUAGAGUUGAAUUUAGACAAUGUCUGGGGAGUCUGGGAACUUGCAGAGAAGUAUUCGUGUUCAAAGACAUCAACCGCGUGUCGUGAUUUUGUUGCCACGCACCUUGGAGUUCUUUUAGAUAAAUCGUCAACUCUUCAUGCCAACCCCAAUAUAUUACGACUUGCUCUCGAAAAUGAUGAAGCUAACGUUAGUUCUGAGGAGAAAAUCUAUGAAUUAGUCGUACGAUGGGCAAGUUUCAAUAUUUCAUCUAAUGAAGUUUCUAAUAGCACCACAUCAGGUCCGAGUCAGGAAAAUAAUUCUUCAAUCUGCAUGCCGUCAGAGCCUUGGGGGAGGCUUGACGAGGAGAGUGUUGAUGAAACACUUGAUGGCGAUUUACGUGAUGGUGACAGCCUUGAAGAAACUGAUAUGUGCCUGUCUGAAAACGAUGCAGAAAAGGCUGAUAGAUACACAUUUCCUCGACCGUGGGAAGGUGACCGUUUAAGCGCACUGUCUAUGUUGUUAAAAUGUGUAAGAUUUCCUAUAAUGCAAAAAGGAUAUCUUAUUGAUAAAGUCGAGACCAAUCGGAUAGUAAUGGAGGCUGAAGGGAUGAAAGAUUUGUUACUUGAAGCAUAUCGAUAUCAUUUGAUGGCUGAUGGUGCGAACCAAUUACUCUUGCCGCGUACAAAGCAUCGACGUCGCAAGCCGAGAGUGGAUUGA